CGGCGAGCGACCGACCGAGCUCGGCACAGCUCAGCGCGGCGACCACCAGGAACUGUCGGGCCCGGCGCUGCCCGUGAUGACGUCACACCAUGACGUCACACCUUCAGCUGUGUAACGACAACAGCAGCAUCGACCGUCUGUUCCCCAAGUGCCGGCCGCCGACGGUUCGCGCCGCCACCGAUCGGCUCGGCAAUGUGAGCCACAGCUCCGCCGCCAGCUCCGCCGCCAGUCCCCUCACAGCAGCUGCCGGGUCAGAGCCGCCGGCCGUCUGUGACCUGAACGGUAACCCCGCCGCCAUGGAGCCACCCCGGGCCGCCGAGCCGCCCUCCAGCGAGCCCGACUCGGACUGCGGGGCUGAGCCGCGGCUGGAGGUGGCGCGCGGCGGCCGCAGCCGGCCGGUCAGACGGCGACCGGUCAGGACCGGCGAGCGGCUCCGCUCGGCCGCGGGAGGCGAGUCGCUCGACCUGACCGUGCUGGGCCUGCGCCCGCUCCGGGAGACCUGUCUGCUGGGCGGCGCUGCGCCCGGCGGCCGGCUCACCGUCGGAGAGACGCCUGUCCAGGGCACCGUGGUGUUUGACGACAUCGGCGACCUGGCCGAGCCGGCGCUGCCCAUCGCGCAGUACGAGGGCUCGCCGAGACGCUACGGCUCCCGGGCGUCGGCCGAGGCGCGGCCCCGGUCCUGGCGACGGCCUGAUGUCGAGCGGAGCCUCGACUGCCACUCCGACAGGGGUCCGGAGCGGACCGCAGAGCGAAACGCCAGCUGCGCAACGGAACGCAGCCUGGACCAGCACAGCUUCAGUUACGGUAUCGAGCGCACUUCAGAGCGCAUCCCGGAACGCGUCUAUGAACGGGCAUUGGAGAGGAGCCUGGACUGUCGUCUGGAGCGGAGCUCAGAGAGCACAGACAGAAGAGCGGACCGGUCUCUAGGCUACGGCUCGGAGAGGAGGUUUGUAUACGAGGACGAGCCGAGCUAUGGACGAACAGAAGAGCGCAGGUCGGGACAGGAGCGGAGUCUGGAUCACAGGGCCGAUCACUACGGCGCCUGA